AUGCUCAAAAGCAAACUGUCUGAGAUCGACAACAAACGGGCGGCAUCCCAACUUCUGCCCAAAGGCAGCACGCCAUAUACAUGCUCAACCUUUUUCAAGCAACAGCACACAUCUUCGCUUAAGGCGGCCGCAAGAGCGGCCCAUCCGGAGAUGAUAAGCCUCGGAACUGCACGGCCGUGGGCGGAAUACUUCCCGUGGAAGGCUCUUGAAAUGCUUUGCCCAGAACCCGAAGGCUUAGGCUCUACCGUCUCGAUGGAUUGUGUUAGAGGAGAGGAUGAGUAUGAUCUUGACAUUGUCAUGAACUAUGGAUAUGCAGGAGGGUCGCCUCAGGUCCUCCGCUGGGUGACCGAGCAUAUGGAAUUGCUUCAUGACCCCCCUUACAGCGAUUGGGAAUGCGCAAUUACCUGCGGCACGACCUCUGCCAUGGAGAUUGCUUUCCGACUAUUUUGCAACCCUGGGGAUACUAUUUUGAUGGAGAGCCACACAUACACGGGCACUCUUAGUGCGGCGCUUGCACAGGGUCUCAAGAUCCAAGGUGUAGCCAUGGACGAACUGGGGCUUGUGCCAGAGGAUCUCAACCACAAACUAGAGAACUGGGACUCGUUAAAGGGCCCCAAACCAUCUGUACUCUACAUGAUUCCAUGUGGGCAGAACCCUACGGGUUCGACUCAGAGCCUAGAGCGCCGCCAGGCUAUCUACAGAGUCGCCGAGGCGCAUGAUCUUUACAUCUUUGAAGACGACCCAUACUAUCUCAUACAGCUAGGAGAGGAUUCCUCCGAAGACUCAGACAAGGGAUUAGAUGCUGAUGACUACCUGAGAAGCUUACCAGCUUCCUACUUGUCCCUCGAUGUUUCCGGGCGCGUUCUCCGGAUGGAUACAACAUCCAAGGUGCUAGCGCCCGGCCUACGUUGCGGGUGGGUAACAGCAAGUUCCCAAGUGAUCAAUAAAUUCAUUGCAUACUCAGAGGUCAGCGUGGCGUCGCCGAGCGGCCCAUCCCAGGCGAUGAUAUACAAGCUAUUGGACCAGACUUGGGGCCACGAGGGGUUCAUCCGGUGGGCUAUGAUGCUCUCUGUUCAGUACCGGCGCCGUCGGGAUAUCCUUUCUACAGCGUGUAAGGCGCAUCUUCCCUCGGGUAUUUGUUCCUGGAGAGUUCCCGACGUGGGCAUGUUUCUAUGGAUCAACCUCAACUUGUCCUAUCCAAGCCUGGCAAUGAACAAUAAGGAUAGCGAAUGGGAGGCAUAUCGAUAUACGGAAGACACGAUAUUCUCGAAGGCUCAGGAGAAUGGAGUGGUCGUCAGCAAAGGAAGCUGGUUCAUGACCAAUGUGACAGAGAUGCGAGGUGUGAGCUUUCGCCUGACCUUUGCCGCAGCACAGGAGGGGAUUGCUCGAGCAGUGGAGCGAUUUGGGCGCGCUAUACGGUCGUAUCUCGAGGACGGUACCCUCUGA